GGGCGGAGGCAGCUGUGGUUACGUGCGGGGGGCCGGUGACGCAGUCGCGGGGCGCUAGGACGCGGCGUGCGGAGCCGGCCAGCGGGGGCAGGCCCCAAGGUCCCGGCGCGGCGGCGGGACAGCACCUACCUUCCCGGCUUCGGGUCCGGGAGUGCGGGGCGCGGAGCCGCCGGAGCGCUGCCUCCCUCCUUCCUCCUCCCCCCGCCCCCGCCCCGCAGCGCGACACACAAUACUCGCCGGAAGCGGAAGCCGCGCGGAGAGGCUCGUGUCAGUGGAAGCCGGGGUGUCGGCGGGCGGCCGCGGGAGGGCCUAGCCGCGCCUGCGGAACAAGGAGGAGGCGGGGGGCCGGAGGGGAGAACCAGCAGGAGGAGUCAAGGGCGAGAAGAGACGCGGAGGGGCAGGUGGCUGAAUUGCGGUCGUCCAGGUCCCGCCCUUUCGGGUAAGAAGAGAAGUGAAGCUGGCGGUCCUGGCGCUGUGUGCUCUGUGCCCCGUCCCGGUUGUGCCCGGGGGUGUUGGGGCCAAUCGUAGCAGCUGAGGCGAUGCUGUGGACCCCUGUCUUCUUUCACUCCAUCCUGACCUUCCUGCCGGAGACCCGAGCCCGAUCACACUCUCUGCAGUAUUUCUACUCAGCUGUGUCUGAGCCAGCUCCAGGAGUCCCUUCAUUUACUGCUUUUGGCUUCGUGGACAACCAGCCCUUCAUUCGCUAUGACAGUGAGGAGAUGAAGGCAAAGUCUUCCGUUCAGUGGUUGAUGGAGGAGCCAAGUUACUUUGAGGAUGAGACGAAGAUCUUCACAAGUCGGAUGAAGAUUUUCCGCUUAAAUCUGAGAAACGUGCAGCAAUAUUACAACCAAACCGUGGGGGAUGGUCUGAACAAAGCACUGGCAGAAAAGCAAACAGGUCCCCACACCCUCCAGUUCACCUACGGCUGUGAGCUGUGGCAAGACGGCAGGACCACGGGGCACUGGCAGUACGGCUAUGAUGGUGAGGACUACCUGAGCUUGCAUAUGGACCCUCUGCAAUACACAGCAGCCACAUUCAUUGCUCAAUACACCAAACGAAAGUGGGAGGCCAGUGGGAACUUCAUAGAGAGAGACAAGAACUACCUGGAGAAAGAGUGCAUCCUGUGGCUGCGGAGAUACUUGAAAUUUGGAGGCGAGAGCUUCAACCGCACUGAGCCUCCCAAAACACACGUGGCCCACCACACCAGCCCUAAUGGGGAGGUCACCCUGAGGUGCUGGGCCCUCAGUUUCUACCCUGCGGAGAUCACCCUGACCUGGCAGCGUGAUGGGGAGGAUCAGACCCAUGAUACGGAGCUUGUGGAGACCAGACCUGCGGGGGACGGAACCUUCCAGAAGUGGGUGGCUGUGGUGGUGCCUUCUGGAGAGGAGCAGAGAUACACCUGCCAUGUGCAGCACGAGGGGCUGUCUGAGCCCGUCAGGCUGAGAUGGGAGCCAACUUUCCUUCCCAUCUCCAUCAAGGGCAACAUUGCUGGUAUGGUUUUCUUUCUUGUCAUUGGAGCUGUGGUAGCCGGAGCUGUCGUGUGUUUGAUGUGCAGGAAGAACCAAUUACAUAGGGAAGGAAGUGAGGGAUCAAAGUUUUCUCAUCCUGCUGGGGGUUUCAAGUCCUAGGUAGAAGUUUGCCUGCCACGUUACUGGGAAGUACCAUCCACACCUGUGUGCUUACCAAGUCUGGAGAUAGCCAAGAUAAGGAGCAACCCAAGUGCCCAUCAACAGAUGAAUGGAUAAAGAAGAAGUGGUAUAGAUACAUAUAUAAAAUGGAAUAUUACUCAGUCAUGAAAAAGAAUGAAAUCCUGCCAUUUGCAGCAUUGUGGAUGGACCUACUGAGUGAAAUAAGUCAGACAGAGAAAGACAAAUUCUGUAUGAUAUCACUUGUACAUGGAAUCACAAAAAUAAUACAAAUGCAUGCAUAUAGCAAUACAGAAACAGACUCACAGGUAUAGAAAACAAACUUAUGGUUACUAAAGGGGAAGGUAGGGGGAAUUAGGGGUAUGAGAUUAACAGAAACUGCUAUACAUAAAAUAGACAAGCAACAAGGAUUUACUGUAUAGCACAGGGAACUAUAGUCAAUAGUUAAUACAAGUAUUAACCUAUAAUGGAAAAUAAUAUGAAAAUAUAUAUAUAACUAAAUCACUUUGCUGUACACUUAAAAUUAAUACAAUAUUAUAAAUCAACUAUACUUCCAUUAAAAAAAAAAACCCCAACAACCCAACACAGAAAAGCCCAGGACCAGAUGGUUUCACUGGUGAAUUCUACCAAACAUAAAGAAGAAUUAAUGUGGGGACUUCCCUGGUGGCACAGUGGUUAAGAAUCUGCCUGCCAAUGCAGGGAACAUGGGUUUGAGCUCUGGUCUGGGAAGAUCCCAUGUGGGAAGACAUUCGGGAACCUUUUUGAAACCUUGAAAAUGUUGAAGUAUGUGGGCCGAGCGAUGGGAUUCAGAAUGUCCUGCUUGAGCAGUGGAGGAGCUGAGGGUGCGGGGCGUGGAGACUAAUAUCACCCUGUUUGGCCCUGAAGGAUGGCUGGUUAGCCAAAGACGGGUAAGAUUCCUCAAGGGAGGAACAACCUAAGACAGGCACAGUCGCAGAGGGGCCAACACGGGUGGGGCACAGACCCCCAAUAUCUGAGAGAGGUCUCCUGCCCCCAGGGCUGUUUUGCUCUCCACACCCAGCUCAAAUCCACACCUGCUCAGCUCGGACCCAGGAGGCAAACAAGGAUCAUUGCCCCAGUCAUGUGAGGCCUUUGAUUGUUUAUGAGUGUAACCUGAGAAUGUUAGCCCACGAACUCAAUAAAAGCAACCUGGGAUGAGUCAGCAGGGCUCUUGAUCCGAGAGGUCUUGAGCCCCCCGGUCCCACUUUUCUCUUCAGUCUGUGUCUGUGUCUUCUUCAAGCUUGCGGCACCUGUCACUCACCUCGAGUCGCCGAGCUGGUCUCGGCAAGUGGCGCCCAACGUGGGGCUCGAAAGGCUUGAGUGACGAAGGUUCACGGAAAGUGAAAUUGAUAAAAGUAAAAAAUUGGGAAGUGCCGUGAAGCCCCCCAGA